AUGUUCAGCAACUUAGCUAGACCCAAAGCAAUAUUUUCUAUGUGGCUGAUCAUUCAGGAAAGGAUGCUAACGGCAGACAGGCUGAGCAAAUGGAACAUGAACGUGGAUACUACAUGUGUAUUCUGCAAAUGUCAACCAGAACACCAUCAUCAUCUGUUCUAUAAUUGUUCUACUAUCAUGGAAGUAUGGUGUGACAUAUUCAAAUGGCUACAAAUUCCAGUACCAGCUAAUACAUGGAGUCAGUUACUAUGCUGGUUUGUGGGGAAAGCAAAGAAGAAAACAGCUGAAGGACAACUGCUGAGAAUGGUUCUAGCUGAAACAGUGCAAGAAAUGGCAGGAUUUCCUCUUAAUUGUUUGACAGAGGACAGUGAUCCUGUAAUUCUACCAAGUAGACUAUUGGGGAAUUAUGGCCCUAGAUGGGAUGCGAUGAGAAGGAAAAAGCAGAACAUAUAA